AUGAGUAAUUUACCUGUUGUGGUGAUGGACAAUGGCACGGGCGGCAACAACGAACCUUCCUUUGUCUUUCCUACCGCCAUUUCCACCCGUGAAACACCUUCGGCUUCUGGUCGACCCGGCAUUCCUUCGAAACCUUCGUUUUUGAGCAACAACUUGGCUUCCAAACGCGGCAUUGAAGACUUGGAUUUUUAUAUUGGCGAUGAAGCCGUGAGACAUGCCAAGACCAUGGCCCUCAACUACCCCAUUCGUCACGGUCAAAUUAGCAAUUGGGAUCAUAUGGAACGAUUCUGGGAACAAUCCAUCUUCAAAUAUCUUCGUUGCGAACCAGAGGAUCACUUAUUCUUGCUGACUGAACCUCCGCUGAAUCCUCCCGAGAAUCGAGAAAUGACGGCAGAAAUCAUGUUUGAAUCGUUUAAUGUCAAAGGUCUCUACAUUGCCGUGCAAGCGGUUCUUGCAUUGGCCGCUUCUUGGACAUCCAACAAAGUCAAUGAACAAACCUUGACCGGUACCGUUGUCGAUUCCGGUGAUGGUGUUACACACGUUAUUCCAGUGGCUGAGGGUUAUGUGAUUGGUAGCUCUAUCAAGAGUAUCCCUAUUGCAGGUCGAGAUAUUACAUCGUUUGUCCAACAGUUAUUGCGUGAACGUGGUGAGACGAGCAUUCCUCCAGAAGAUUCACUUCGUGUGGCGGAAGCGAUCAAGGAGGAUUUCUCGUACGUCUGUCCUGAUAUUGUCAAGGAAUUCAAAAAAUACGAUCAGGAACCUCAAAAGUACUUUAAAAAGUAUGAGGGACUUCACACCGUGACAGGAAAGAACUAUACGGUGGAUGUUGGUUUUGAACGAUUCCUUGCCCCCGAAAUUUUCUUUAAUCCCGAAAUUGCCAGCUCGGAUUUCUUAACACCUUUGCCCGAAGUGGUCGACACAGUCAUUCAAACCAGUCCUAUUGAUGUUCGUCGUGGUUUAUACAAGAACAUCGUGCUUUCAGGUGGUUCUACAAUGUUCAAAGAUUUUGGUAAACGAUUGCAACGUGAUAUCAAGCGAACAGUCGACAGACGUAUCCAAGCAAGCGAAGAAUUGAGCGGUGGUGCGAUGAAGGCAACUCCUAUGGAGGUGAAUGUCAUCUCUCACAAGAAGCAACGACACGCUGUGUGGUUCGGUGGCAGUCUUUUGGCAUCGACGGCCGAAUUUGCAAGCUGCUGUCAUACCAAGGCGGAAUAUGAUGAGUACGGUCCUUCGGUAGCAAGACACAAUCCCAUCUUUGGCUCGAUGCUAUAG